AUUUUUUUCCAAAAAAAAAAAAAGAGAAGAAAAGAAAAAGAGCACAAAUUUCACCUCUCAAAAAGCACUUCCCGCCAUUUCUCUUAGCUCCUCCGAAAUGGGGUAAACAAAACUGAGAAAUUAGGGCUAAACAGCAAUCUUAGCUGAAACCCAUUUCUCAAAAUUACUGAAAUUCUCGAAAACCCAAUUGAAUUCACUAGAGAAUAUGGGUAUACAAGGCCUUUUGCCCCUUUUGAAAUCGAUAAUGUUACCAAUAAACAUCAAAGACUUGAAUGGCUGCAGUGUUGCUGUUGAUACAUAUUCAUGGCUGCAUAAAGGUGCCCUUUCUUGCAGCAAAGAGCUCUGUAAAGGCAUUCCUACUACUAAGCAUAUCGAUUAUUGCAUGCACAGAGUGAAUUUAUUGCGCCAUCAUGGUGUCAAACCUAUUCUUGUGUUUGAUGGAGGUCCCUUACCAAUGAAGAUUGAACAGGAGAACAAGCGGGGAAGAUUUCCAUAUGCAGGUAUACAAUCAUAUCUACAUAUCUUACCUUCUGGCAACUUGAUAAGGUCCAUAACACUUGGAAGGUCUAGAAAGGAAAACCUUUCUCGUGCAAUAGAGCAUGAAAAUAAUGGAAACAUGACUGCUGCUUAUGAGUGCUAUCAGAAGGCUGUUGAUAUAUCACCUUCAGUGGCUCACGAUCUAAUACAGGUCCUAAAGCGGGAAAAUGUAUGUUAUGUAGUGGCUCCUUAUGAAGCAGAUGCCCAAAUGACCUUUUUGGCCAUCAGCAAACAGGUUGAUGCUGUUAUAACCGAGGACUCAGAUUUAAUAGCAUUUGGUUGUCCUAGGAUCAUUUACAAAAUGGAUAAGUUUGGGCAAGGUCUUGAGUUUCGGUACUCCAAGCUGGAACAAAAUAAGGAACUGAGUUUAACAGGUUUCACAAAGCAGAUGCUUCUUGAGAUGUGCAUCUUGAGUGGUUGUGACUAUUUGCAGUCCUUGCCUGGAAUGGGGCUCAAAAAAGCUCAUGCACUUAUAAAAAAGUUCAAGAGUUAUGACAAAGUCAUUAAGCACUUGAGGUACAAUACUGCUGCAGUUUCUCCUAUGUAUGAAGAAUCUUUCAGAAAAGCAAUUAUGACCUUCCAGCAUCAACGAGUUUAUGAUCUCAUGACUGAAGAUCUAGUUCAUUUGUCCGAGCUCUCUGAUCUUGGUAGUCAAGAUCUAGAUUUCCUAGGCCCGCUGAUACCUACAGAAGUAGCUCAAGGAAUAGCAAAAGGUGACAUUGAUCCUUUCACUAUGAUGCCAUUUCAGAAAGAAUGCAACGCUGCUGAACUGGUGGAUAGCAGAACUUAUGAACUGAAUGACUUCAAAGUGGAAGGUGAAAGGAGGAAGCUUGAUUUGCCUGCACAGAAAAAUCUCCUAACCAACUACUUCUGCACUGCUUCUCUUGAAGCAAAACAGAAAUUUAGGGCCCCAAGAACUAGCCCUAUCCUUCUGAAUUCAGAGGUUGGAGUUUCAAGCGCUUGGGCAGACAGUAGAAAGGGAGCCGAUUCGUAUAAAUUCGGGAGCUUGUCAAUGUCCUCCCCCAAUCCUCUGGUGGAUGAUGAUAUUCACUUGAAAGCUUCCAUGUGUUUGGAGUCAAAAAGUCAAGGAAUUCUGUUAGAGGAAGAAAUUGAAAAUGGCCUAGGACGACAAUCUGUUCCACUACAGCAUUCAAUAUGUAAACCCUGCAUCACAUUGCACAAGGAGCAUGCUCUGGAUUUAAGUGAGAACAAGAUACGAGCAACAAAAAAAAAAGUGAUAGUGAGGAGCAGCUAUUUUUUGAAGAAUAACAAGAAGGAAGAUAUUCAAGAUGAUAAGAGUAAGAUAAAUCUGGUUGCCAAUGAUAAAUCUCAUAGCAGCAUUCGGGAGAAUGAUUAUGAUUCUAUGUCUGAUGCAAUGGACGGAGCAGUCGUUGCAGCAGUCAAAAUUGCCAUUCCACAAAGUUCAUUUUUUCAGUCCAAUCCAUCUGCCCAAAAUGUUCCUGCAGGUGAUGCUGAACAGAAAGAGAACAAAAGAGGAAUAGUUAGGAGUUCUUAUUUUCAGAAGAACUUGGCAAAUGAAAGUUCUCAGGGCAACUUGGAUGUUGCAGCUGAGAUGGCUUCAGGAGAUGACUGCUCUGAAAGGAGAUUAAAGAAAAGGAAGGUUACCUUCAUUGACACUGUUCAAACUGAUAAUGCAAGUGAUGAAUGUUUAGAGGCUGACACAUCUGGCAGUCAAGGCGACUUCAACUCCAACCUAGAUGAUUCAACUAAGGAGACAAAGGAUGGACAAAGGAAAUUCGGUUCCAACAUCUCUCAUUUAGGACAUUAUUCUCAAAUAUCAGAGAAAUCAAUGGACAAUUUUGUUUCGGUCAUAUCUUCAUUUAGAUACACCUCAAAUGGUUCUCGAGCCAGUGGGCUCCGAGCCCCUCUAAAAGAUAUUAAGAAUACCAGCACUAAUAGGUCCGCUAGUAACAUGGAUCUAAGCAAGUUUGUGUACAAGCCAACAAAGCAAAAGCAAUUAUCAGCACGUCAUAAGGUCUAAACCUUGCAACUACACUGCCUGCAUUUGUAUAAACUGGAUUCGGCAAUUGUCAACUUGAUAUCUAUGAGUUAGAAUCAACUAACAGCUCCUGCUAAAUUUCCAUUUUGUUAGGAUCCGCUCUGAUAGGGAUAUCUUUUCGUUUCAUCGGCAGCCUGAAAUUUGAAGGUUUACUUCACUUUGGUUUUCUAUUUUUAUUACUCAUUUCUUAUGAUUCUUCUCCACCUUAUGUUUUUAGUCUUCUCAAUUCCCAUAUUUGAGAUGCGUUUACGGAAUAUUGAAGUUUCUCAAAGAUCAAUAAGCAGUUUUAUAUGUACAUUGUGAAUGGAAUUGUUAUCUGAUAUGAUUGUGUA